AUGGGUAACAUCUUCUCAGUCAACUCAUCAUGUGAUGCCACUGCUUCUCGCUUCUUGGGUUCAAUAUUCCGACGAGCAGCAUAUGUUGGUAAGCUCGAAAUAAACCUUCGACAUCUGAAAACUUCCUUGGAAGAAUUGAAGUGUUUACAGAAUGACGUGAAGAGAAGGGUUGCGGUUGCUGAGCAGCAGCCACACAUGAAGCAGUUAGACCAAGUACAGAAUUGGAUUUCAAGGGUGAACUCUCUUGAGGCUCGAGUAAGGGAAGCUGUCGACAGUAGCAGUCAACAAACGGAGAGUUUGUGUUGUGGAGGGUAUUGUUCAAAGAGCUACAUGUCAAGCUACAAGUAUGGAACGAAGGUGGCUAAACUGUUGGUGGAAGUCGCUGACUUAAAGAGCAAGGGACUUUUUCCAGAGGUGGCUGAAAAAUUGCCUCAACCUAUAAUCAAUGAAAGACCUCUUGAGCCAACUGUGGGAUUGGAUUCAUUGCUUGACAAGGUUUGGAGCCACGUUGAAGAUGUGGAGGUGGGAGUACUUGGCUUAUAUGGGAUGGGAGGGGUCGGCAAGACCACCCUCCUUACCCAAAUCCAUAACAAAUUCCAACACACUGAUUUUGAUGUUGCAAUCUGGAUAGUAGUCUCCAAGGACCUCAGAGUCGAAGCAAUUCAAAAUAGAAUUGGAGAAAAGAUUGGUUUGAGAGACCCUACAUGGGAGCUUAAAGAUCCAGAUGAAAAAGCCGAUGCAAUCUCAAGCCUCCUGAGCAGAAAAAAGUUUGUGUUGUUCUUGGAUGAUCUAUGGGAGAGAGUUGAUAUAACCAAAAUCGGAGUGCCGUUUCCUGAUCAACACAACAAGUCCAAGGUUAUCUUCACAACUCGUUCUGAGGAUGUGUGUGGUUUUAUGGGUGCUCAACAAAAGAUUCUUGUGGAGUGUUUGCCAUGGGACAAAGCGUGGGACUUGUUUCAGGAGAAGACUGGCAGAGAUGCACUUCAAAUUCAUGCCGAUAUUCCUAAACUUGCUGAAGCUGUUGCAGCAGAGUGUGGCGGUUUGCCUCUUGCACUAACCACAGUUGGUCGAGUGAUGUCCACUAAGAAGACUCCGCAAGAAUGGAAUCAUGCGAUCAGAGUGUUGAAGAAAGCUAGCUUUGAGUUUUCAGGUAUGGGAGACCAGGUGUUCCCUCUAUUGAAAUUCAGUUACGAUAAUUUCCCUAGUGACAAAGUCAGAGCAUGCUUCCUGUAUUGUGCUUUAUUUUCUGAAGACUACGAUAUACCUAAAGAUGAUUUAGUAUGGUAUUGGAUGUGUGAAAAUAUGUUAGAUGAACAUAGUCAUCCGGAGGAAGCACGAGAUGAGAGCUACCAUAUCAUAGGUACUCUUCUCAAUGUAUGUAUGCUAGAAGAGGGUAAAGACGGUUGUGUAAAAAUGCACGAUGUUGUUCGUGACAUGGCAUUGUGGUUGGCUUGUGAUCCAAAGAAAGCAGAUGAUAGUUUUCUUGUGCAUACAGGGGCCGAUUUGAUUGAAGCACCAAUUGCCAGAAAAUGGAAGAACUCGAAAAGGGUAUCAUUGAUGGCUAACCACAUCAAAGAAUUGGUUGAAACACCAAACUCUCCAUAUCUGUUGACUUUAUUUCUCAGGAGAAAUCAUCUGCAGAAGAUUGCUACAGGCUUCUUUAACUCUAUGUCUAAUCUGCUAGUUUUAGAUCUGUCUUCAAAUAAGGAUCUCGCUCAACUGCCCGUUGGAGUUUCAAGCUUGGUUUCACUACACCAUCUCAAUUUGUCGAACACUGGUAUAAAAGAGUUGCCGACAGAGUUAAAGUGCUUAGAGAGGCUGGAAUAUUUGAAUUUUGAGAAUACACCGAAUCUUUAUUCUCUUCCACCAACCCUAAUAUCAAGUUUUCGGAUGCUGAAAGUUCUGAGAAUGGUACAUUCUGGUCCUGAUUCUGAGGAUCAAAAUCAUUUUGAUGAUGAAAAAGCGAUGGUAAAGGAAUUGCAUGGUCUGAAGCACCUGGACUACUUGACUUUGGACAUUAGAAGCACCUCUUGUUUCCAAAACUUUAUCAGCUGCAAAUUACUCUCUUGCUGCACUCGACUUCUAUAUCUCCUGGGUUAUGACAAUCAUUCGAGCUCUCUAGAUAUAUCAUCCAUGGGGAAGAAACACCUUGAACAGCUUAACAUUAGGGGUUAUCCUAAUUUGGAAGAUGUAGUACUGGACAUUGAUUGGGCUGGAGGACUAGCAGGUAAUAAUCUUCGGAACGCAAUAAUGAGAAUCCACAACUGCUUCCAUGGCCUUCAAAUGAUAAUGAUACAAUACUGUGACAAUCUCAAGGACCUGACACAGCUUUGUUUUGCUCCAAAUCUCAUAUCUGUAUAUGUACUUUGCUGCUCUAGAAUGGAGACAAUAAUCGAUAUAAAAAAACUUGGUGGAGAUGCAAAUGUGAGAAAAGAAUUCAAUCUGUUUGCGAAAAUGGGACAUCUGGAUGUUAGAUGGCUACCCGCGUUGAAGAGUAUAUACGGAGCUACCUUGCCCUUUCCAUGCCUAAGCUACAUCAACGUAGAUGGAUGUCCAGAACUGAAGAAACUGCCACUCGACUCUAGCAGUGCUCAAGGAGGAACCAAUCUCACCCUUAGAGGAGAGCAGGACUGGUGGGAUGGGUUACAGUGGGAUGACCAACUCGCAUUAGAUACCUUUCGUCCCAGCUACAUCUGUUGGAAUGUAGAUCAAUACUUGCAAACUUAA